GCAAUGACAACCACCCAACCAAAAAUAUAUUCCCCGUUCAGAAUGGCUUCGACAUCCAGAAGGGAGCAGCCGGCGUGGACCCCACCAUCACCUCACGGGGCUCCCCUCCCGCCUCUUCACAUUUACAAUUCUCUAACGAGAGAGAAGAACCUGUUUGUUCCUAUCGACCCUAGCGGUAGGAAGAUUACCUGGUACUGCUGUGGGCCUACAGUUUAUGAUGCCGGGCAUUUGGGCCAUGCACGGAAUUAUGUCACUACGGAUGUCUUGCGGAGGAUAUUAAGGGAUUAUUUCGGGUUCGAGGUGCAGUUUGUGCAGAAUGUCACGGAUGUUGACGAUAAGGUUGGGUUUUUCAAGGUUUCCCGGUAGCGGUGGGUAAAGUUGCCGAACCGGUUGCUAAUUUGGUGGGUCUAUAUAGAUUAUUCUGAGAGCCCGUCAGCAGCAUCUGCUUGAGGAGUUUAUCUCUGAGAAUUCGUCUAUUACUCCGGAAGUUGCAUCCACUGUGUCUGUGGCUUGGACUGCUUACCUGAGGAAGAAUACUGCAGCCAGUGACGAUGUGACUCCUGAGAAUUUUGAAAAUUGGGCCACGAGUGCUCAAAAAGAGAUUAUGGCUCUUGUCCUCAAAGAACGGGAGCGGAAGAUCGAUCCCUCAGCUAAUUCUGAGGAAGAGGAGGAAGUACUCCUAGACGAAAAGUCUACAAAGUCUAAGAUGCAUCUCACGACUCUGCACACUGCCUCAUUCGUUUUACAAAAGAUCCCGGAAGACCCAAAGAAAUUCUGGAGUGCUACGUCUUCAAUCCUGCUCCCGUAUCUGGACUCGCUAAACCAGGGCCGGGAAUACCCUCCUGAGGUAUUUAGCAAGCUUACCAGUUAUUGGGAGAGCCAUUUUAAUGAAGACAUGGCAACUCUCAAUGUCCUCCCUCCUACAACGGUUACUCGUGUGAGCGAGUUCAUCCCAGAGAACGUGGCAUUUGUGAAGAAGCUCGUCGACAGAGGAUUUGCGUAUCCUACGGCAGACGGGUCGGUCUACUUUGAUAUAGCGGCAUAUGAGGCCGCCGGCCAUCAUUAUGCUAAACUUCAGCCCUGGAAUAAAGGCGAUGAGUCCUUGAUUGCAGAUGGUGAGGGUGCUUUGACAUCAGAUGGAUCUGCAACCCUACCGAGUACUGUUGAAACAGGAGAGGAAGGCAAGCCAAAACUACUAGCUAGCAAGAAGACACCGCAAGAUUUCGCUCUAUGGAAGGCAUUCAGAGCAGAAAAGCCGGGAGAACCAAGCUGGGACAGCCCGUGGGGCAAGGGACGACCUGGGUGGCAUAUCGAGUGCUCGGUUAUGUGCUCGGAAGUCUUGGGUGGUCAGGUUGAUAUUCAUUCCGGAGGGAUUGACCUUGCGUUCCCGCACCACGAUAAUGAGAUUGCCCAGAGUGAGGCGUACUGGGAUGGGUAUGUUCUCUCUGAAACAACUAGCUCGUGGGAAUCCGGUAGUACUAACUGUGGAAGAUGCUGCGACAUCCCCAAAACCGCUGAUGGAAAGCACCAAUGGGUAAACUACUUUCUCCACAUGGGCCAUCUAUCAAUACACGGCAGUAAAAUGUCCAAGAGUUUGAAGAACUUUGUUUCCAUCCGUGACGCACUUACUCGCGGAGGAUGGACCCCGCGAGGGCUUCGUAUAGUGUUCCUAUUGGGGGGGUGGAAAGACGGUAUUGAAGUUCGAGAGGGGGUCCUAAUGGAAGCUAAGAACUGGGAGACCACAACAGCAAAGUUCUUCUCCAAUGUAAAGGCACUAGUAUCAGAGGAGGAAGAAGAGGAGAAGAAAGGGAACCGAGCCAAACAAUUGUUUGGGCCUUUGGAGCAUGAUAUAUAUAAAGAGUCUCUUCCUCCCUCCCUCCCUCCGAUCGCCUACUCGCUCUGGAUUAUGCUGAUAUGACAAAAAAAAGCCUUGACACCGCCCGCCAAAACCUCCACACCGCCCUCUGCGAUAACUUUAAUACCCCCGCGGCAAUGAAAGCCCUGACCGACCUAAUCGGCUCGACAAACAAAUACAUGUCCCAGACCAGAUCCCUGGCCGCCGUCAAAGAGAUCGCCAGAUGGGUCACGCGGAUCGUGACAAUAUUCGGCUUAGAUCCAACCAGCACUCCAAACGGCUCCGACCGCAUCGGCUGGGCCGACUCCACCACCACCUCCUCUACAGAUGCGGAGGAGAUCGCACUACCCUAUCUCCGCACCCUCUCCACGUUCCGCGACAGCGUCCGUGCCCUCGCCAUCUCAAACCCUAAAGACGUCAUCUCGAAGGACAUCCUACUGCUCUCUGACCGCCUCCGCGAUCACGACUUGGCGAGCCUGGGCGUAGCGCUCGACGACAGAGAUUCAGCCAAAGGCGCGCCGGCGCUUAUUAAAUUCGUUCCAGCAGAGGAACUUGUAGCAGCACGGGAGGAAAAGGAACGUCGUACUGCCGAGAAAGAGAGGAAGAAGGAAGAGGCAAGACUCAAGAAGGAAGAGGAAGAAAGGAAGAGGGAGGAAUUAGCGAAAGUCAGUCACUUGGAAAUGUUCAAGACGGAUGGCAGAUUCUCGGAGUGGGACGAGCAGGGGAUUCCUACAAAGGAUAAGGAGGGAGUGGAGGUUACGAAGAGCAGGAGAAAAGCGCUGACUAAGGACUGGGAAAAGCGGAAGAAGUUGCACGAGGGGUGGUUGAAAGCAAAGGGCGGUGCAGCUUGAGUUGGAAAGGGAGGAAGUUUGGGGUGAGUGAUUGGUUGUGAGGUUUCUUUCUUUUUCCCCUCCCUUCCCUCCCAAUUCUUUUAAAGUUGUGGUGGGGCUUUUUUUUUCUAGAUAUUGUUAUGCCUGGACACCGUGGGUGUGAUUGGCUAGAAUAUAUAUUUUAUGCUGCGUUCC